UCCGGAGGGGCCCGGCGGCCGCGCAGACCUCAUGGCUGCGGACGUGGAGCAGGGGCUGGGCAGCCUCACGGUCUUCACCCGCGACGACUUCGACGGCGACUGGCGCCGAGUGGCCAGCGGCGGCUUUGGCCAGGUGUUCCAGGUGCGGCACAAGCGCUGGCGGACCGAGUAUGCCAUCAAGUGCUCCCCCUGCCUCCUGCCGGACACCACCAGCUCCGACGUGAAUUGCCUCAUUGAAGAAGCAGCCAAAAUGGAGAAAAUCAAGUUUCAGCAUAUCGUGUCCAUCUAUGGGGUGUGCAGGAAGCCCCUGGGCAUUGUGAUGGAGUUCAUGGCCAAUGGCUCCCUGGAGAAGAUGCUGUCCACCCACUGCCUCUGCUGGCAGCUCAAGUUCCGCAUCAUCCAUGAGACCAGCCUGGCGAUGAACUUCCUCCACAGCAUUCAGCCGCCUCUGCUGCACCUGGACCUCAAGCCAGGCAAUAUCCUCCUGGACAGCAACAUGCACGUCAAGAUUUCAGACUUCGGCCUGUCCAAGUGGAUGGAACAGUCGACCCGGAUGCAGUACAUUGAGCGGUCGGCUCUGCGGGGCACCCUCAGCUACAUCCCCCCUGAGAUGUUCGUGGAGACUAACAAGGCCCCGGGGCCCAAGUACGACGUGUACAGCUUCGGGAUUGUCAUCUGGGAGCUCCUCACUCAGCAGAAACCGUAUUCAGGCUUCAGCAUGAUGACCAUCAUCGUCCGAGUGGCCACAGGCGGGCGGCCCUCCCUGCAGCCCGUCUCCGAGGAGUGGCCAGGUGAGGCCCAGCAGAUGGUGGACCUGAUGAAGCGCUGUUGGGACCAGGACCCCAAGAAGAGGCCAUGUUUUCCAGACAUCACAGUCGAGACAGACAUGCUGCUGUCCCUGCUCCAGAGCACUGUGGCCGACCCAGAGAGUGAGGCCCUGGCCAGGAAGGUGUCCUGCAAGCCCUCUCUGUGCCGGUCCUGGGAGGUGCGUGCGGUGGCGGGGCAUGGUCUCUGGCACGUGCUGAGGAUGCGUGCACAGGUCAGUGUGGAGGUCAACCAGGAGCUAACAGACAUCGGUGAGUCCGGAAACUCAGGAGACUACUUGAAGCGGGUCCUGCAGCUCUCGGACAGUGGGAGCUUGGUCCCAAGCGAUGAAGAGCUGCGUAUCUAUGAGAACAAGGUCACUCCCCUCCACUUCCUGGUGGCGCAGGGCAGUAUGGAGCAGGUGAAGCUGCUGCUGGCUCACGAGGUUGACGUGGACUGCCAGACGGCUUGCGGCUACACGCCCCUCCUCAUCGCUGCCCAGGACCAGCAGCCUGACCUCUGCACUCUGCUCCUGGAGCACGGCGCCAAUGCCAACCUGGCUGAUGAGGACGACUGGGCCCCACUGCACUUUGCAGCCCAGAAUGGGGACGACCGCACUGCCCGCCUGCUUCUGGACCACGGGGCCCACGUGGAUGCCCAGGAGCAUGAGGGGUGGACCCCACUCCACCUGGCUGCACAGAACAACUUUGAGAAUGUGGCACGGCUUCUGGUCUCUCGUCAAGCUGACCCCAACCUGCAUGAGGCUGAGGGCAAGACCCCCCUCCAUGUGGCUGCCUACUUUGGCCACGUCAACCUGGUCAAGCUGCUGACAGGCCAGGGGGCUGAGUUGGAUGCUCGGCAGAGAAACCUGAGGACACCACUGCACCUGGCGGUGGAACGAGGCAAGGUGAGGGCCAUCCAACACCUGUUGAAGAGUGGGGCCGCCCCCAAUGCCCUUGACCAGAGGAGCUACAGCCCACUGCACAUCGCAGCUGCCAGGGGCAAGUACCUUGUCUGCAAGAUGCUACUCAGGUAUGGGGCCAGCCUCGAGCUGCCGACCCAGCAGGGCUGGACGCCCCUGCAUCUAGCAGCCUACAAAGGCCACCUGGAAAUCAUCCGCCUGCUGGCUGAGAGCCACGCAGACUUGGGGGCUCCUGGAGGCAUGAACUGGACCCCCCUGCACCUGGCUGCCCGCCAUGGGGCAGAGGUGGUGGUGUCAGCACUGCUACAAUGUGGGGCUGACCCCAAUGCUGCCGAGCAGUCAGGCUGGACACCCCUCCACCUGGCUGUCCAGAGGGGCACCUUCCUGAGCGUUGUCAACCUUCUGGAGCACCGUGCAGAUGUCCAUGCCCGCAACAAGGUAGGCUGGACACCUGCCCACUUGGCUGCCCUCCAGGGCAACAUGGCCAUCCUCAAAGUGCUGGUCAAAGCCGGUGCCCAGCUGGACAUCCAGGAUGGAAUGGGCUGCACACCCCUGCAGCUGGUCCUCCGGAGCCAAAAGCAGGGCAUCGUCCCCUUCCUCGAGGGCAAGGAGCCCUUAUUGGCUGUUCUGGGCAGUGAUGAGUCUGGAGCCCAGAUGGAUGUUUAGACAACCUGGGGUCUCCUUACUGUUAAGGAAGAGGGGUUGGUGGAAGUGAAGCUGGACUUCUGGGAGGGCCCCUUCCCCACCCGUACUUGCCACCUGCCCCUUGACCUUCAGAGGAAACUUGGAACGUGGUCUCCUGGGUGAUGGAGGGAUGGGAAGGCACCACUGAGGUUGUAGCUGGGGAAGGGGCCCUGGCAUGGAGAGCUUCUUUCAGCUCCUCCUCCAAGUGCAUCUCCAGCAGACUCCUACCCUCCUCCUCCUGUAACUGGACUCAGACCCCCGAAGUGAAUUUCCUCUUCAUUCCCAAGACUUCUGCCACCUUUUACCACUUGCCCUUGAGUUCACAGGGGCCCUUGCACCCUAGGAAACCCCCUCUGAAGAUGAAGGAAGGCAAGGAGGAGAGGGGAGUGCUCCCUCCUAGCUCAUGUCUGUGGGACUUGGUCCCCAAUCUCGAGCUGGGCCAGGAGAGCCAGGCACACAUGCUUUGCUCAAGGGGCAGGAGCUAAAAGUUUGGAGGAAGUUGCUGCUCACCGUUUAAUACCCCAGCUAGCUCCCUGCUGCCACACUGACCACACCUUCCUCGUGGCCCUUGUCCCAGUGCCUGGGUCUCCCACACAGUCUCUUGGGGAUGAAGGAAAGGUGUGCUCCAACUGCGCUCAAGUGAUCCUAUGUGGGACACUCAGCCCCUGGCCUUCCCUGCCCCACCAUUCGCUGUGUCCAGUCAUUUGGCCAGGUUUGAAACCCCAAAGUCAAUAAAGCUGUGGGCCUGAGUCUCCCCUUUGGAGACAGAUGGA